AUGGCCAAGAAUAAUCUCACCAUGGUAACUGAAUUCAUUCUCAUGGGCUUUACUGACUACCCCAAGUUGGAAGUUCCCCUGUUCCUGGUGUUUCUGAGUAUCUAUCUGGUCACCCUUUUGGGGAAUGCAGGGAUGAUCAUCCUGAUCCAAGUGGAUGUCCAACUCCACACCCCAAUGUACUUCUUCCUGAGCCACCUCUCCCUCCUAGAUGCCUGCUACACCUCAGUCAUCACCCCUCAGAUCCUGGCCACACUGCCCACAGGUAAGACAAUCAUUUCAUAUGGCCAAUGUGCUGCCCAGUUCUUUUUCUUCACCUGUUGUGCAGGUACUGAGUGUUUUCUUCUUUCAGUGAUGGCUUAUGACCGCUAUGUUGCUAUUAGUAAGCCACUUCUCUACACUGUGGCCAUAAAUCCCAGAAUCUGCUGGAUCUUAGUGGUAGGAGCCUAUGUUUGUGGGAUGUCAGGUGCCAUCCUGCGCACCGCAUGCAUCUUCACCCUCCCCUUCUGUGACAACAAUCAGAUCAACUUCUUCUUCUGUGAUGUUCCACCUUUGCUGAAACUCACCUGCAGUGACACAACAAACACUGAGAUUGUCCUUGUCCUGUUUGGAAACUUGAUGCUUUUGAGCAAUGCCAUGGUCAUCCUGAUUUCCUACCUGCUCAUCAUCAAGGCCAUUUGGAGGGUGAAGUCUUCAGGUGGCAGGACCAAGACUUUCUCCACAUGUGCCUCUCACCUCACUGCUGUGGCCCUUUUCUUUGGGACCCUCACAUUCAUGUAUCUGAGGAGUGGAUCAGGCAAAUCCCCAGAGGAAGACAAGGUUGUGUCUGUGUUCUACACUGUGUUCAUCCCCAUGCUGAACCCGCUGAUCUAUAGCCUGAGAAACAAGGAUGUGAAAGUUGCCUUCAGAAAGGUCACUGGUAGAUUCUAG